GUUCAAACUCGCAGGGAUUUGAACCUCGGGAUGCCGAUGCUUGCGCACAAAGUGGACGCGAUUUCCAAAUUCCAACCAGCAAGUGGGCGAGGUUUUUUGAAUACGAGGGUAUCAACGAAAUCUCAACGAAAGAGCUUCUGUGCGCUCUGAGAGUACAUCAGAGUAUAGAGCUGGUAGCCUGUCUCAGGAUAUUCGCCGCGACGCUCAUUGAUCAAUGCAUAUCCGACCCAGCGCCAGACACAACUCAGAUACAGACCCAAGCAAUAAACGCCCUCUCGCUUCCCAUCAAGCCAUCCAUAAUAGAAUACUUACUCUUCCAGAGCCCAAUAUCGUCGCUAAAAAGGUACAGAGGUCGGCAGCUUACACAUUGUUCCAUGAUUCCCGUCCCUGCCCUCACGACACCUGCUAGCCUCCACAAACCAAACUCAGACAGCUCCAACACCCUCCUUAACGACACUUCCCUGACGAGCGACGAUCUUACAGCCGAGACCGAAUCCCUCAUCACGGCCUUUGCCUCUGUCUUUCCAUAUUUGGUUCAACAACCCGAAAAGCUAACUACGCUUCAAAAUGAGAUCGACUCAGCCUACAAUACUGGGUCACUCUCCUCCAAUCCACGCUGGAGGGAAUUAUCACGUCUACCCUACCUUUGUGCCGUGAUGAAGGAGUCGAUGCGCCUAACCUGCACCACGAACAUGGACAAAGAGUUCCCAGCCUCAGCGGUCUCGGACGAUCUACGAUCGGAACCCGCCUUCCCGAGUGGCACGAUCAUCAGCUGCAACGCCUACGUCACGCAUUUCAGUGACUCAAUCUACGGAGACGACACACACGCGUUCCGGCCGGAGCGAUGGCUCACUGCCAGCGUGCCGCAGAGGAAGCUCAUGGAUCAAACCAUGCUACUCUUUCAUCCGGGGCUACGCGCCAAUCUAAAGCUCCGCGCCGCCUGGCUGGAACUGAAGAAGGUGGUUGUUCAGAUUUUGCUCAACCUCAACAUCCAAUCACCACCGGCCGAGGAUCAUGCAGCAGAAACGCCGAACGUCUCGUCAGUCUUUGCAAUCGUCACUACAACUCCUAGGAUGCCGGGGUUCUGACAGCACAAAACCUGACCACACAAGCUCUUCAACCUUGG